AUGGCCUCGAGAGAGAUUUCGGCAAUUUGGGAAGCAGCAAAGGGAAAAGAAACCAUCAUCCAAAACAAAGAUGGCAAAUACUUUCGCGGGCUGUUCUACGGAUAUGAUGAAACUGGUAUCAAGCUGAUCCAUUGCUAUGAAGUGAACGAGGAAAAUCGCGACAAUCUGCUCCCCCUAGCUGGGGAUAUGAUCAAGCAAUUGGUCGUCCCGUUUAUUGACAUCAUCUCCACGACAUUUGCUCCGAAAUGGGAGACUGAGACUGAGAAAAUGUUCCGGACUGAUGCUCAAUAUCAUGGCUCAAAGGCGGCUGUGGCUGAGCGGGAGUUUGAGGAGUGGAAUGGGCAUGAUGAGGAAUUGCCGAAUAGGGCUACUACUCUCAAAAAUGAAGACGGUCGUACCGGAUGGAGCCCAGAUGCCAUGUUCGCCUCCAACCGAGUCCUUGGAGUUCAGAGCACCUACGUCGAAGGCCACAAGCAAUAUACGAACGUCGAAAUCGGCGAAAACCCCGAGCUCCUGGCUAGAGCCGAGAGAAUAGCCCGCGAAAUCGAGGCCAGCAAUACGAGCAAGCACCGAGCUAUGUUGGAAAAUGACGAUGAGGAACGCGAUAUUAAGAAGUGGAACCGUAACAAUCGUCCCAACGUUGAGUACAACGAGCGUGCAGAGGCGCUUCGCGGGAAUGGGCGGCCGUCUAAAGGGAAUGAGCGGAAACCGAUGGCGCGUAGGAAUCCGGCGGAUAGUUAUGAAUCUCGGGAUCAUUCUGAUAGCCGCAACUCAACCUCCUCUAUUUCGGAGCGUGAAACUUUUGGCAAUGGUCCGACAAAAGAUGAAAAGGUGGGAAAUGAAGAACAAGCGGCUACAACUUCAUCCAACGCUUGGACGCGUGGCCCUCCUCAAGGCCUCGUCAGCUCCCCGGUCUCUUCCAAUCAACCCUCACCAGUUCCGAAAACUGAUGCUAAAGAGUCUGCGUCGAAAGAGGAGGAUAAGAAGGGCGAGACUGACGGCGCGGAGCAGCGAGAAACCCCUGAAUCGGCUGCAUCGGGAGAUGGAGAAGCGAAGGGUGACUCCAAGAAGAGUGAGAAGAAGUUCACCUUCAACCCGAAUGCCGCUGCAUUUGUGCCGACGAAGAAACCGGAAGCUGUUGAGGUCGUGCAGAUUGGAUCGGCUCGUGGUCCCCAUUCUGUGACUACAAUUCCUAACUAUGCUAUGCAGCCCUCGAGCAGCAUCAUCCAACAAAAUCCAGUUCUAUAUCAAUACGCUGGAGUCCCGCCACAACCCUAUCAGACUAUCCCACCAACCUUUGCCCAGUAUACCGUACCUGCCGCUCAGCAACCUCGUGCUCAGCCGCUAAUGGGUGGUCAGCACCAAGGUCGACCUCAAGCUCAACCAGUAUUUGUGCCGGGACCCUAUGCCCAGGUCUACCCGACUGGUGUCGGCCAAAAUGUGCCGGUUGCGACAUAUUUCCCGGGGGCCGCGUAUCCGGGCGGUCAAGUUCAAGCAGGACAGGAGGGAUUUAUACAACAGCUCCCGAUUCAAACACAGCAGAUCCAACAAAUCGGCUACAUCCCGCAGUCGCACUAUCAGGGAACUGUGCCUCAAAUGCAAUACGUCCAGACCUCAGGGACUACGCAACGCUUCCCCAGCCAGCCACAACGUAAUGGUAAUGGCAUGGAACAUUACGCAGGAGCUCCAGCUCACGCCAGUCAACCUCAAACUCCGGUCCCACAAGCCAAUGGAGCCCAGCAGCCCGCCCAUCCACCUCAAAUCCAACAAAAUCAACCACCCGCCGGAGCACCACCUCCGGCUCCUUCUACAGCCUCUAGCCCGCCGUUUGUCAUUGCUCCCGCGCAGGCACCCCUAUUCUACGGAAAUCAGCAGAUGUACUUCCAACAACCUACAAUCCAACACGUUCGGAUUGAGCCCGGCCAGGAUGUGAGCUUCCAAUUACAC